GAGAGCUCGGCUCUGCAAGCGGAGCAGACCGCUGGCGUGGGGGGCGCUGCGAGGAUUCCCCCUUUGCCUCUCCUCCGACUGCGCCCUGGGCGCGCCGUCCGGUCCGGUCCGGUCCGAUCCCUUCUCUUCCUUCCUUGCUCGCGCCGAUCAAGGCUCCGGAGGAAAGACUUACGCUCCGGAUGCCGUUUCCCGGUGGCUUGUGGUGGCUGCUGUGCUGCAGGCAGGGCUUCACCUUGCUCCGGCGGGACUAUGGCGAGGCAGGCAAGGGGGUGGCCGACGAAGAGGAAGCCGAGGAGUCCUUCGAGUUGCGCAGCCAAGGCGACGAGGGACCUACAUUGCAAGUGACCCUCACUCAGCCCAGUCGUGCUAGCAGUGGUUCUGAAAGGUUGAUGCCUCCAUCACCUUACCAGUUUGUUACCCUCAGGUCUUUGCCAGUGUCUGAUGAAAUGCACAGUCUUAUCACAGAGAAGAAGCAUGGAAGGGUACGAGACGAACCUGAUGCUAUUGUGAAAGGCUGGCUACAGCGAGAAGUGAGGGGAGGUAUAAAGACCCCUUGGCUCCGCCCUCGCAAGUACUGGUUUGUGCUGACUGAGGAUUCCCUUGACUACUACAGUGGGUGUGAUAUAAGUGCCCGCCGUCUUGGGUCCCUUGUCCUUACCAGUCUCUGCUCUGUUUUGUGGCCUGACAAACAGACCUACAAGGAAACAGGAUACUGGGCUGUGACGGUUUUUGGCAGGAAGCACUGCUACCGGCUCUACACAGAACACUUAAACGAGGCUGUUCACUGGGUUUGUGCACUGCAGAAGGUCAUUGUGAGCAAGGCCCCUGUGCAGACACCCACACAGAUCCUGAUGUGUGACAUUGAGGAGAACCGCAACAGCCCAGAAGUCCUAGAACAAAUCUAUCAUAACAAUCCCAUUCUGUGCUACACGGCUGGCCCACUCUAUGCACCACUGCUGCCUUUCCCGUAUGCAGCUCCUGGUGGCCAAGGUUAUGCAGGGCUUCGUGACGAAGCUGUUAAGCUCUUCCACUCCCUGCAGCAGCUGGAGGGGGUUCGAGAGCCUGCUCUUCUUAUGCAGGGGGUGCUUCAAACGUGCCAUGAUCUCCCGCCCCUGGUGGAUGAAAUCUACUGCCAACUGGUGAAGCAGACCACGGAACCACCUGUGCCAGGGGCACCUGCAAACCUGCGCUACUGGCAGCUGCUCACCUGCAUGAGUUACACCUUUGUGCCUUCCUUGCCUGUCCUGUGCUAUUUGCAGCUGCACUUGCAGCGAACAGAGAAACGGUUCCCAGACUCAGAGAUGGCCCAGUAUGGACACUUUAUUACAGAAGCUGUGCACAGGACCAAAGGGCGUGAGUGUGUACCCUCUUUGGAAGAAAUUGCAAGACUUAUAGGACGGCAGGAAAUGGUGUGCACUGUGCAGAGUCCUAGCACUGCCACCUGCCAGGUGGCCAUCGCCUCCCACACUACAGUCCAAGAGGUGGCCCGGGAAUUGAUGUUACACCUGGGCCUGGCCUGUAGCCCCAACUCGUUUGUCCUCUAUGAGGAAAGCUGGCAGCAUGAGUGUCCCCUUCCCAAGGAUGUACUAGUGGCAGAUAUCCUCACCAGGUUUGAGAACUUCAACAGGGAAGAGGCAUGCUGGAAGCCCCCUGGAAGACUGUGGUUCAGGCAUUAUGUCUGUCCAAACAUGGACAGUGUUACUUGUGAGAGCCAGAAGUUUGCACUGCUGUUUAAGCAGGGGAAGUCUUGCUGGAGCAUUGUCUGCUGGACUGUGGGGUGGCUCCUGUCUGGCACAGCAACAGGUGGAGCAGUAGGAACAUCUGCGCAGCCAACUGCAGGAACAGGCCAUGUUUCUGAUGGAGGCUACCAGGGUCAAAUAGAAACAAUUGCAGUAGAUGAGACAAGAAGAAGCCAUGGCAGCCUACCUCAAUCUGGUGGGCGAGUAGCUGGCCUUUGGCUCUGCUCUCUUUGAUGUGAAGGCUCUAGGUGAAGGAGACUGUGUAGCACUUCACACAAGUAUGUCCAGCAACAGUCUGCAGUAGACUCCCAGUGGCUACCCUUACAGAGAUGGUACUCGGACUGCCAAAAUGGAACUCUGCCCAAGCUGACUGACUCCUUUGCCCUGGCAGCAGAAUUGUUAUCCAGGACCAGUGCCUUCUCCAGUCAGACAGUUGUAGCAGGGAGACCAGUAGUAUUUUAUGCUCCUAAGGAGCUGAUGACUUUGCUUUCUCUCCUGUGUAGAGGCAUUCUCCACCCUGAUGUAUUACAAAUAAUAUUUAUAUCAUUUGAAUUGCCAUAUUUGGUCUCUUUCCUAUAAUUCUCAGGUAACUUUAGUGCUGUGUCUACAUUGCAUAGUUUCUGGCCUGUCUAUACAAAAGUGCAAUGUUUUCAGUCAAGUAGACCACUUAUGAUAUGCCAUUAAUCCUAGUUUCCAUCCAAUACUUGGCUCUUGUAAAAUUUUAUUUUUAAGUAAAGGAGAUGGAAGAAGAUGGUGGAAAAGUACUUUGUCAAAUUUGCUAAAGUAUAUGCCAUUUCCCCCCAGAGCUGAAUUUCCUAGCACAUCUUAGAUGUAGGUUUCAACCUACCCCAAGGCCUGCUACCAAAGCUCGGCUGACACUGUACCAAAUAUUUUAGGGCAGAAACUGAGCCACAGCUAAUAGCUAUGUGUUUGAAAAAUAAUAGUGUCUCUUGCCCUUUUGAGCUGAAUUUAAGAGAAGGGUCGAUAUAUUUUUCCUUUCUCUAUGGGUAGGGAAUGACAGUGAUGUGAACCUUACAUAUUUCAUCUCUUCUCUAUGUAGGUUACACAGGCUGAUGUAAUCUAUGUAUUUGUCCAUAAGCUACAUCCAAAAUAGACCUGCAUUUCUGAAUACAGAAUCACCCAUAAUGGGCUCUGUGAGCAUACAAUUUCAAACCAUUUCCAAUAAAGACCAAAGGAAAAAGAA